AUGUUCCGAUUCAGUAUCAAUAUUAUUCUAUUUGGCAUAAUUAUUUUGAUUUCACUUGCUGUUAGUGAAUUAAAUGAUCCACGAUAUACAUCACGUCAAGACUUUUCUGAAAGUGUAAAGAGUUCUGUGAGUGAAUUAUGUUUACAAGCUAAACUACAAUACGGUACUACAUUUCCACCAGCAGCAUUACAUUUUGAACAAAAUAUUGGUUGUGAUGAGGCUAUUGUCGUCUCUGCAUUUAAUUCUGAAGACCCUGGUACUGCUCAAUUAACAGAAGGCAUUAAAGCAUUACCUUUAGAUAUAUUAGCGGCAGCUUUUGGUGUUUCAACAGAAAAUCAAGUUGAUAACCUACGAAAAAACUUUCCAAACACACCAGCCAGAGCAUUACGUAAAAAUGGUAUACAAUCAGAUAUCGAACAAACACUAAGUUACAGUAGAAGUUGGGAUUAUUCUAUCAAAGAAUAUUCACGUUUAAUGGUACAUAUUGUUACGUGUCCAUUUUAUGAUGUAAAGGACAAUGACCCAAAACACAAAUCAAACAUUAGUACUGCAUGGAAACAAGAUCAUCAUAUUAAAACACUUCCGUGGCCAUCUCUUAGCCCGGAUGUCAAUCCUAUAGAAAAUCUUUGGUCAUUAUUCAAAAUUAAAGUUGCAAAUCGAAAACCGAAAACAAUCAAAGAUUUAAAAAGAGCAAUUUACAAGGAGUGGAAUGAUCUUCCGAAAGAAUUAGCAUCUAAACUUGUAUGGAGUAUGAAAAAUCGUGUUGAAGAACUUAUUCAAUCUCGAGGCGAAUACAUACUCUAUUAA